CCUCUAGUAGACAUUUAAGCUCAAAGAAUUUAAAAGCAACAACUUACAACAUGUGUUAAUAUUGAAAUUUUGUAGCUUGUACACUUUACUGCAUAUUAAAUAAAUAUAUAUGAAAUGUUUGAUAAGAGUGCUUUAAACAAUCACAUUACUUCUCAUAAAAAUUCAGUAAAGAAGGCCAAAGUAUCAGUCAUCAAUAAACUAGUGAGGAAAUGUCGAAAGUUGGAAAAAUUACAGAAAACUCCAUUGAAAAGUAAAGUAAAUCGCAAACUAGAGCGCAUUACAUCGACAAUUGCUGCUGUUAAAAAAUUGAAUUGCUUACAAAUCCUAAAAAAAGCAAUUUUAUUUGAAAAUGAUCCUAACAUUGUGAUAACAAAUGGAAAUGCUUCAGUUGAAAAUUUGGCGGAAAUGUUGGUUUUUUCCAACAAAAUUAUUCGGGAGAUUGUUGCUAGUUUAAAAGUUAAAUUUAAUUUAAAUAACAACAAUCCAAAUUGGAAAGAAUAUUUUCAGAAAGAACGUAAAAAAGCUAAGGCAAAAACAGUUUCAAUUUCAGAAAAUUUGUCAACAUCAAUGAAUGACUCAAAAAUCACAAAAAUAAGAGAAGAAAAUACAGAGAAACGAGAAGUUCAACAUAAGGUUAAUAACCUCUUUCCUGAAAACAAAAUAAUUAAAUUCCAUGACAAUACGAAGGGAACAGUAAAUGAGAAAAAUCUUGAUGAAAAAUUUAUAUCAAAACCAGAUCCCUUUUUCACUACAAAAAGUGGAGACAAUUACAUAUCGACAGUAUAUUUAGAUGAUAGAGAAGUAAGCGAAUAUAAAAAUGUAGAUAAUCCUUUUAGUAACCGAAAACAUUCUAAUGAUGUAAAAAAUAAAAAUUUUGAGGGAGAAAAUCAUUAUCAAUAUAAAAAUAGCAAAAAUUACAAUCGAAAUACUGCUAAACCUAAAACUUCGUUCGUCCAGGUUAGUGAAAAAGCAAAUAAAAAUAAAAUCAUUAGAUUUGAAGAAUUUGAGGAACCUUCAACAGAUAAAACAAAAUCGGACACUCCGGAAACGUGUGCAAAUGCAAAGAACAAUUCCAAACAUAAUUUGCAUCCUUCAUGGCAAGCGAAGCAAAAAAUCAAACCAGUAAUUCAAGAAUUUAAGGGACAAAAAUUAGUAUUUGAAGAUUGAAUCCGUUAGUUUGACAUUCACUUAAUAGAAUUUUUUAAAAACGGAAUGGCUUCUAAUUUAACAAUUUAUUUUUGUAUAAACUAAAAAAUCCAAAUUCAAUAUGAUGUACAAUAUAUGUAUCUACAUACACGCUUAUAAUAU